AUGAGCUUCAUCAGAACUAUUGUUGCUGCACUGGCUCUACUCGCAAUCCCAGCGACGGCAGCAAAAUUCUGCGACGGCCAAGUGUGUUACUCGGAGUUUGUUAGUCCGCAGCAGAUUGCUUUCCGAGUCGCCAUCCCGAACACGCCAGCCCAGGGCACGAGCUUCGACCUGCUUCUGCAGAUCGUGGCACCCAAGACGGUUGGCUGGGCCGGCAUUGGCUGGGCGGGUCAGAUGGUCAAUAACCCCCUCACAAUCGCCUACUCAGACGGCGGCAGCGGUGUCACAGUCAGCAGCCGCUGGGCUUCAUCCAUGUCUCUCCCUUCACCAUACCCCGGCGCUUUGUAUGAGAAACUGCCAAUGUCAGCUACAAACGCUACACACUGGCGCCUAGAUGUCAUCUGCACCGGCUGCAGCUCUUGGCAGGGGGGUGGAUUGGACCCUGCGAGCACCACGGCGGCAAUCGCAUGGGCCAUGGCGUAUGCGACACCCGGGCAGCCUUCAAGCAACACCAGCUCCAUACGCUACCAUUCCAGCCGAGGCCACAUCGACUUUGACCUGGCCGCUGCCAAGAUCGCCAACUUCAAUGAAGCAAUUAGUGCUCUGAGGGGAGGUGGUGCCAGGACUGUUUAA